AUGAAGCACCACUUCACAGACCGAAGGGGGGAACAGUCACCCACGGACCAGUCCACCCUCAGCCUGGCCAGCCCGGAGUCCACGGAGGAGAGCGCACCAGCGCACCGGACAGGGCCCAUGAAGAGAGAGCAGCUGUCUCCACGACCAGGCCCAGCCAUUCCCCAGGCGGAGAACACCUACUUCUCCGGCAAGGGCCGGCGGAUGCUGAGCUGGAGCAGCUCGCCAUCAUCCCAGUCGUCCUCUGAGUACCGGUCCUACUCCCAGUACCAGUCUUGCUGUUCCUGCACUCACGGGGACCAGGAUGCUGCCCAGCAGAGCAUGUGUGCCUUCUACACCCACGUGCAGACCGUGCAGGGUGUGGCCGUGGCCUGGGAGACCGACAGUGGCUUCGAGCCGGCCACCCGGCAGCCUCGCAUCCAUGAAGCCGAGUUCAUCAAGAGGCAGAGGCGGAAAGGCUCCUCCUUUGAGAUGGCUUCCAAUACGGACCUGCGCUGGGAACUGGAAGCCAGCAAGAGCACCAGCAGCUCAGAGCCAGAGGACGCGGAGCUGCUGGUGCCCCUGGAGUGCUGCCUGCAGGAGCUGCGGGACACCCCGGACUGGCUGGUCACCACCAACUACGGGCUGAGGUGCGUGGCCUGCUGCCGCGUCUUCCCCACGCUGGAGGCACUGCUGGAGCAUGCCCAGUAUGGCAUCCAAGAGGGCUUCAGCUGCCAGAUCUUUUUCGAGGAGAUGCUGGAGAGAAGGAGGGCCCGGGACCAAGGGCAGGAACAAGAGCCAGAGGAGGAGCAAGAGAGUGCUUCGGACAGCAGUGAACGUCCAAGGACCCGUGUCGGGGCGCCUUCGUCACAGUCACAGUUGCAGAAGCUUUGA